AUGCCCGUCGAAGUCAUCCUCAACACGCCUCUAGCGGACCGUCUCAACACGGCCAUCCAGCCGAAGCUGGUCGAGGUCGGAUGGGGAUCCGGCGGCUCCGACGACUCGGCCCUCGCCGAAUACAUCGUUCUCAUGCUCGUCAACGGCAAGACGCAAGACCAGAUCGCCGCCGAGCUCUCCGGCGAGCUGUUGGGCCUGCCGGCCGACGACCCGGUCGUGCGCCAGUUCGCCGUCUGGCUCUUCGAGCAGAUUGACAGCCUCAACGCCCAGCUGAACGGUGGCCAGGCCGCAGGCGGCGAUGCCGUCAUGGAUGCGCCGCAGGACGUGUCCAUAAUGGACGACGUGGACACGACCAUGAUGACGACGGACGCUCCCGAACCCCAAGUACCGACAGGUCCGCGGUCGAUGAGGAACGCAAACGCAAACGGAAACGUCCGCGGCGGCCGCGACAAGCGUGCCAUGGGACAGUCGAACAGGGCCACGGACAGGCCCCACGACGGCGCCCUGCACCGGACACGAGGCAACGACAGAAUCAACACGCACGGGCGCGCGGCCCCCACGGGUCCCAGAAACGGCCGGCCGAUGCGGCAACAAAACGUCAACGGCCGCGGCGGGGGCAUGCAAGCCGGCCCGAGCCAAGGAGUCCCUCCCGGCGGCUGGAUGAUGCCCGGGCAGCCGUCGAACCAGAUGGAGCUCAUGGCGAUGCUCGAGCAGCAGAACAAGAUCAUGUACCAGCUCUCGCAGCAGCUCAUGUCCAACGGCGGCGGCGCCAACGGCGGGUACGGCCAGCAACGACGCGGCGGCAAGCAUCAGUUCGACCGGGGCUCCGACGGCCACCAACAACGGAAGAAUGCUCGCCAGCACCAGCACCAGCACCAGCAGGCCGCCGGGGCCAAGGCGUCCGAGGACGUCGACAUGUCGGGCGGCCAGGGCGAGGCCGCCAACCCGGACGAGUCGGUGUGCAAGUACAACCUGCGCUGCACCAACAAGGAGUGCAAGUUCGCCCACCAGUCGCCGGCGGCGCCGGUGGGGGCGCCCGUCGACGUCGCCGACACGUGCAGCUUCGGCGCCGCCUGCAAGAACCGGAAAUGCGUCGGCCGGCACCCGUCGCCGGCGGCGAGGCUCGCCCACCAGGGCGAGCAGGACUGCAAGUUCUUCCCCAACUGCCAGAACCCGCGAUGCCCCUUCAAGCAUCCGUCGAUGCCCAUGUGCCGAAACGGGCCGGGCUGCUCGACGGCCGACUGCAAGUUCACCCACGUCAAGACCAAGUGCAGGUUCAACCCGUGCCUGAACCCGACCUGCGUCUUCGCCCACGACGCGGGGCAGCACGGAGGCUUCCGGGACAAGGUCUGGACCGCCGAGUCGGGUGGCGAGCACGUCAGCGAGCGCAAGUUUGUCGACGACGACGCGCCCGUCGAGCAGGUCACCCCCGGCCAGGGCGGGCAGGAAGCCCCGACGACGGGAGAGCACGACGGCCAGGUCAUGGUCUAG